CUUUAGGAAAGACAUGGACUCCUCUCAAGAAGAGGCUGGGGAUCGUCCCUCGUCCCAACAAACUGACUCCGAGUCUCUGUCAGCAAUACCACCCACUCCUCAAACUGACCAGGCCUCAUCUCAGAACCCUGCCAGUCAAACUCCUCGGACUCCAUCUGGAGCAACUCCUCAGACUCCCAACCCCUUCACCUCACCCUUACCUGCAACUUCGCCAUUUCAUCCUUCUUCUCCCUUCCCUGCUACUUCUCCCUUCCCUGUUACUUCUCCCCUUCCUUCGCCACUACACUCUGCCCCGAAAAGAAAUCGACCAAAUGAUCCUCGCACACCCUCCUCAAGUGAACCCAACUCUCAACGCCGCAGACCAAACCAAGACCCCGGCACCAGCCCUGCCGCUAACAACAUACCUCCCUCCUCUGAAAUAGACCUCUCCUCCCCCAUGACAUACGCCACCUCGCCAGGCAGCGUCAGGACCCCCCACUCUGCCGUCACGCCUCACAGACGUCGUACUGACAUCACUGGUGCAGCCAGUAGGAGGGAAGUAGCACUUACCACUGACGGUUCAGACCUGGGACUCAGCACUGAUCCUGUGGGUGCAACCAGCGAGGCUGGAGGUGGUGCCAGGGUGGUUAUCUGGGGUACUGAUGUGGUGGUGACAGAGACACAGGAACAGUUCAGGAGGUUCCUGACUCAGUAUACUGAGGAGGAGGAGGGAGAGAGCUUCUAUAUUCAGCGUCUUGAGGAGCUCGCUAUAUCGGAAGAACCCUACCUGAACAUAUCCUGCGAGCACCUCCAACAGUUCUGCCCCGAACUGUACCGACAGUUGGUACAGUACCCCCAGGAGGUUAUCCCUACCUUUGAUCAGUGUAUUAACGAAGUGUUCCAGGAGAGGUUCAGUGACGUCACUCUUCAACAUCAGAUACAGGUAAGACCGUAUAACGCAGAGAAGACCACUAACAUGAGGAAGCUGAACCCCACGGAUAUUGACCAACUUAUCACUAUCAGUGGCAUGGUUAUUCGCAGCAGCAAUAUCAUCCCUGAAAUGACCGAAGCAUUUUUCCUGUGUUACGUGUGCCAAAAGACGCACACAGUGGAAAUAGACCGGGGAAGAAUAGCAGAGCCAGGAGUAUGUCCUAACUGUGAGACACGACACAGCAUGAGUAUUGUUCACAACAGAUGUGUAUUCACUGACAAACAGAUGAUUAAGCUUCAGGAGGCUCCAGACGAUAUGCCAGCCGGAGAGACACCACACACAGUAAUCCUGUACGCGCACGACGACCUGGUGGACAGCGUGAACCCUGGAGACAGAGUGACAGUGACCGGGAUCUACAGAGCUACUCCUGUUAGACUAAAUCCUAGACAGAGGAGUGUUAAGAGUGUCUAUAGGACUCACAUUGAUGUUAUACACUUCAGAAAGGACGACGAGCACAGGUUACGCGAGAUAGAUGUUGACGAUGAAUCAGGAGAAAAGUCAGCUGCAUUCACCCCAGAACGAGUUGCUGAGUUACAGGAACUCUCCACAUCUGCGGGAGUAUACGAACGUCUCGCUCAUGCUAUCGCGCCCAGUAUCUACGAGAACACGGAUAUUAAGAAGGGUGUCCUGAUGCAGUUGUUCGGGGGAGCUCGCAAAGAUUUCAGUAACACGGGGCGAGGACGGUUCAGACAGGAUAUCAACAUCCUGCUGUGCGGAGAUCCUGGAACUAGCAAGUCUCAGAUGCUGCAAUAUGUGUAUAACCUGGUACCACGAGGGCAAUACACAAGUGGUAAAGGCAGCUCCGCUACAGGUCUCACUGCUUAUAUCACCAGGGACCCUGAGACCAAACAGGUCGUUCUUCAGACUGGUGCCCUUGUACUCUCUGAUAAUGGUGUGUGCUGUAUCGACGAGUUCGACAAGAUGGACGACAGUACUCGAGCCGUCCUGCACGAAGUUAUGGAGCAACAGACUCUGUCAAUAGCUAAAGCUGGUAUUAUCUGUGUCCUGAACGCUCGAGCUUCAGUUCUUGCUGCAGCUAACCCUUGUGAUUCAAGGUGGAAUGCUAAGCUGACUAUUGUCGAGAACAUCAAGUUACCCCACACUCUACUAUCUAGGUUUGAUUUGAUAUUCCUGAUGUUGGAUCCUCAAGAUGAAAGUUUUGACAGAAGAUUAGCAACACAUCUUGUAUCACUGUACUACAGAAACGGGGCCAAAACUAAAGCUGAGAGCAUUGAUUCUGAGGUUCUAAGGGACUACAUAGCUUAUGCUAGGACUUUCAUCAACCCCAGGCUUUCAGACGAAGCUGGACAGAAGCUAAUUCAAACUUACGUUCAGAUGAGGAAGGUCGGAAUGGGACGAGGUUCAGUUACUGCUUACCCUAGACAACUUGAAUCUUUGAUCAGACUGUCAGAAGCCCAUGCUCGAAUGAGGUUGUCAAAUGUUGUAGAAGAGUUGGAUGUUGAGGAAGCCACCAGGCUACAUAAAGAAGCCCUUAAACAGGCGGCCACUGAUCCUAAAACAGGUCAGAUUGAUAUGGAGAUAUUGAUGACUGGAAUGAGUGCUUCAAGUCGAGCGAAGAGAACAGAACUGGGAAAGUUUGUCUUACAGACAUUAAGAAAUGCCAACCGUUCUUUCAAGAUGAACGAGCUGUUCGACACCUGCAAAGAGGGCUACAAAGACGGUUUCACUCAGAUACAAUACGAGAUGGUGAUAAGAGACCUGCAAGAAGAAAACAAAGUAGUCCAGACCAGCAACAGACAUAUUCGACUCAAAGAUGCUUAGAAACUCUGCUUUUAGAGUUCAUCACAUUCUAGCCUACAGAAGAUGUCUUUGUGUUCCUGUACUCCUGAAAGAAUAAUGUAUCAAUCGAAAUAAAACGACACGAACGUUGGAUAUCAUAAUGACAAUCAUGUGUUUGCGAUAACCUCAAACAGUUUUAUGAAGGUAGAAAUGUUGUUUUUGGGUUCUAACCGAGCUGUACUCUUUUUUUCAGUAAAUGGUGGUCCAUUUUUAACCUAUUGUGCUCUAUGACCAGAGAAAUCAAAUGAAUUUUAAAUUUUUUAUUUGGUUUUUAUUUCCUCUUUUAAAUUAAUAUGUACUUUAUAAUAUUUAUUUGAAUUGUACUUACUUAUGUUUCACAAGUUGAACUUGAUGAAUAUUGGAACGUGCUACACGA